CUUAGCUCGUAAUACUCGUACGAACUCGUACCCACACGGCACUUUUUUCUAUCGUCCUGUGUCCCCAAUGGAAUGAAGACAACACCAAASGAARUAAUAGUUAGAGAAUGCCACUCAAUCUAUCUUCGAUUGCAUUGUUWACCAAUCUGACGUUUCUCACAUCAAUUGCGACAGCCCUCUCGCAGGGAGAGCUAGUUUCGUCGUUCGGCGCUGUCACAAUGGCGGUCACACCGAAACUAGUUCUCGUUGACCGAGAUGGGGUGGUAAACCAAGAUGUCGGGGCUCCAGGUGUUCUUCGAGUGUCGCAACUAGAGCUAACACCCGGUGUGGCUCUUGCCUUGGGUCGACUCCGUCGUGCGGGGUACACGGUUGCGUUGAUCACCAACCAGAGCUGCGUCGGAAAGGGGUUGAUUACGGAAGACGAUCUCGUGGACAAGAUUCACGRAAGAUUGGAGGAGAUGCUGCUGGCCGGAGAUCCAGAUGCAAAAUUCGACAAGAUCUUCUACUGCACGUCGUUGAAAGAAUCUAACGAUCACCGAAUGAAACCAAACCCAGGAAUGAUUGAGGAGGCAAUGGAACUAUUUGGCGUAGGUGUUCAUUCAAGUGAUUCUAUUUUGUUUGUCGGUGAUGCAUUAACAGAUAUUCAGGCUGCAGCUCGAGGAGGGGUUGGAACGAGAAUAUUGGUGGAGACGGGCUACGGUCGGGAGUUAAUGGGAGGAUUGAACGCACCAGAUUUGGAUGGAGAAGUCACAAUAGUCAAUGAAAAAGAGAGCAACAUAAACAUUACAKCUGCGACAGAUACCAUCGGCAAUUCUCCAAAGCCAUCAAUCUUUCCAUUUCUUUAUGCAAARAACUUUUAUUCGGCAGUGCAUUGGAUACUCAAAAACGAAAAGAAAGAGGAAUAAGAGGAGGGAAAGCGCAAUUGUCAAUUUCUACGCUCAGCCUCUUCUUGRAGAAAGUAAUACUAAUCCAGUGAUGGUGGCAUUCAUCUUGUUGAUAUUUGUCUCUAGUACACAUUCAAUAUCAUUCAAUGCAUGGCAAUAUUAAUACUACUAGUAGUAGUUUGUUUUGGGUGGCGUUGGGAAGAAGGUCUCUAUUGUUGAAAGGUGAGGGAAGCAAAAUAAUUACUAAAAAUAGAAAAUAAYACUUCUA